AUGUCACAAGCUGGUCCGUUCAACCGGAUACAGUCCGUCUCACCGCCGCUUAAAGGAUCAUUUCCACUUGAUCAUGAAGCGAAGUGUAAGCUGGAAAUGUUGAAAUAUAUGUGCUGUCUGCACGAAAAGAAACAUCUAAACAGCGAAUGUCGCGAUGUUGCAAAGGCUUAUUUUCAAUGUCGUAUGGAUCACGGUUUGAUGGAGAAGGAGGACUUCGAAAGACUUGGAUAUGGAGAUAACUAG